GGUAAUUGUUUAGUGUGCUAAACUUUAUCCCUACUAUUUUAUUUUUCCACACCACGGCGCUAACUCAAAUAAAUCGAUGCGAUAUUACGGUUGUUUGGUUUAUCAGCCAGUUUGUGUAAAAAGCGCCGCCCAAGAGCGGGCAAAUAUUGACGAAAAAAAACAAGUUACGCCCUAAAAUUCACAGACAGCUAAAACGAGCAUCAUCAUCCCACGAAGGCCGCUUACACGUUUACAAAAUUCCUUUAAAAGCAACCCCCCUCUUCUUUGCAAUGAAUGAGGGAGCCAUCGUACUUUGAUUGGGGUUUGAGGUAAGAAGUUGGUGCUGGAACGAGCUGAAGUCGACGACUACUCCUCUUCCAAGUCUUUGAGAAAACAAUUUAGAAAUAAAAAGGUUUUAUUUUUUUUUGUACUUAGUUACAAGUUACAGAGAAGAUGGUGGUGAGGUUUUUACUAGGUUUUCUAAGUGUUUUGGUGGUGUGCGUACUUUGCAACCCCGGGCCCCUGGAAGACGUAGUCGUAGACCGAAAUUAUAUCCCUAAGGUCUGCCCCAGAGAGGUGAAAAUGGGGGACCAGGUACGAUAUCAUUACAACGGCACCUUUAAAGACGGGAAGCAGUUCGAUUCCAGCUAUGAGCGAGGAACCGCUUUUAGCGGUGUGGUCGGAGUUGGUCGCUUGAUCUCUGGCAUGGACCGUGGGAUCCAGGGCAUGUGCAUCAACGAGAAGAGAAAGAUCACCGUACCCCCGCAUCUGGCUUACGGCAGCUUGGGCGCAGGUAAAGCCAUUCCUCCUGAUGCCACCCUUGUCUUCGACGUGGUGUUGCUGGACAUCUGGAACAAGGAUGACCAGGUCCAGACCACGACAGUGUACAAACCCAAGGACUGCAAACGCACCGUCCAGAAAUCGGACUUCAUCCGCUACCACUACAACGGGACCCUGCUCGACGGGACCCCCUUCGACUCCAGCCACAGCAAGCUGCACACCUACGACACCUAUGUGGGCGACGGCUGGCUGAUCAAAGGCAUGGAUGAGGGUCUGAUCGGCAUGUGCGUCGGGGAACGGAGGAACAUUAUAAUCCCGCCAUUCCUGGCCUACGGAGAGAAGGGAUACGGUACUGAGAUUCCUCCUCAAGCCAGUCUGAUGUUUGAUGUUCUGCUGGUGGAUCUCCACAACACCAAGGAUGAUGUGACCAUUGAGAAUCAGGUGAUCCCAGAUCUCUGCAAGCGCAAGUCCGUGACUGGAGAUUACAUCAGAUACCAUUACAACGGGACCCUGCUUGACGGAACCUUCUUCGACUCCAGCUACUCUCGCAACAACACCUACAACACGUACAUUGGGAUGGGCUACGUGAUCCCAGGGAUGGACAAGGCCCUGCAGGGGGUGUGUAUUGGGGAGAAGAGGAGAAUUAUCAUGCCCCCACACAUGGCCUAUGGAGAGAGUGGAGCUGGUGAGAGCAUUCCUGGCUCUGCAGUGCUGGUCUUUGAUAUCCACGUGAUUGACUUCCACAACCCCACUGACGUCGUGGAGAUUGUGAGCUCCUUCAAACCCAAGGAGUGCAACGAGACCACCCGCGCCAACGACCUCAUCAAGUACCACUACAACUGCUCCAUGCUGGACGGCACACACCUCUUCUCCUCAAAUGAUUACGAAAACCCUCAAGUUGUAGUUCUCGGAGCCAACAAAGUGAUUGAUGGCUUGGAUGCGGGCCUGCAGGGGAUGUGUGUCGGAGAGAGGCGGGUUGUCAUCGUGCCCCCGCACCUGGGCCACGGGGAGAAAGGAGCACGCGGAGUGCCUGGCAGUGCAGUCCUGCGCUUUGAAGUGGAGCUGGUGGAUUUUGAGGAGGGGGUACCGGACGGGUACCUGUUCGUGUGGCUCACCGAUCUUCCCGAAAACCUCUUUGAAGAGAUGGAUCUCAACAAGGAUGGAGAGGUUCCACUGGAGGAGUUCACCACCUUUAUCAAGGGUCUCGUUGCGGAGGGCAAGGGUCGCCUGAAGCCAGGCCAGGACGCUGACCACAUCAUUGAGGACAUGUUUGGGAACCAGGACCGCAACAAGGACGGACGCAUCGUCCCAGAGGAGCUCAAGCUGAAAUCGGCCGAGGAUGCAGAGCGCGCGAGGCAUGAGGAGCUGUGAACAGCAGGGACAGAGCAGCGCAGUCAGACACGGACACGAGCGCAGGCCACUCUACAGCAAAGCAGAAAUACAGUGAGACACACAACAGCACAGCUGGAACAGGUUUAUACAGGUAGAAACCUGGACUACAGCUGUGGCCAACAGUUUAGUAUCAUCUAAAGUUUUAGGAUUGAGACCAUUUGAAAAAAAAAAAAAAAGAA